AUGAUACCUAGCCCUUCAUUACUUGAUGAUCCAGCUGAUAAGGGUGUACACAAUAAACUCAGUGAAAGUGAAAUUGCUGAAUAUCACAAUACAUUUGCGUUAUUUGACAAGAAUAAUGAUGGUAAAAUUGAUAUUACAGAACUUAAAAAUGCUAUACGCGCCUUGGGACAAAAGCCGAGUGAUUCAGAAUUAAAUGAUAUGUUUAAAAAUGUCGAUACUAAUAAUAACGGGAAUAUUGAUUUUGAAGAAUUUUUAACACUUGUAUCAAGAGGGAAUAAUACGUCUGAAAAUGAUUCAUCUGAUGCUUUUAAAGUAUUCGAUAGAAAUAAUGAUGGAUAUAUUACUCAAGAUGAACUUCGCUCUGUUAUGAGCCAACUUGGGGAGAACUUAUCUGACAAAGAACUUGAAGAAAUGAUUAAAGAGGCUGAUACAGAUGGUGAUGGAAAGGUCAACUAUAAAGAGUUUCUUAAAAUGAUGGUAGGUUAUUAUACACCAAACAAGCAAUAA